CCCACCAGAGGAGAGGGGAGGAGAGUUACUAUCCCACUCAAAGCUGCCAUCAGUUGGCCUUCUGGACUUAAAGCAUUCCUGACUGCAAACAGAGAAGGAACUAUGACAAUGCAGUGGCUGCAUCUUCCAACCUGUAAAGUCUACUGACUUUGUCAUUAUGGAUUUUGCCAUUCUUUAGUGGAUAUCGCUGAGUCACUCUUUUGAAUUCUUCUCAUUGGGCGGAUUCACAGGACCAGCUGCAAGAUCUGACACGAAUGAUUCUCACAGAGUAAUGAAGAAAGGGACAAAGAUGGAAAGAUCACAGGGAUCUCCGUGCCUAUAUCCUCCGAACAACCAAUCACUUGGACUGAUCAUCAACAGGAUACAUGGUGGAGGAUAGCACUCUUGACCCAAGUGCACCAACCUUUACUCCUUCUGAUGAACCAGAACUUACUCCUGCCAUCCCUGAUCAUCCCAACACUGCAGAUCAACCUAUGGAUUUCUCCAGUGGUGGUGUAGAAAGGCUGGAAUCUUCUUCUGCAUGAUGCCUAAGACAUCUAUGGAAACCCUGUAUUCUGCUCUCCAAGAUGAAAUCCAGUCCUUUAAGGAACAUGUAAGAAGCUGCCAACAGGCCUUUGACAUUCAGACCCUUUACAAUGUGCUUCUGCUGCUUUCUGGAAAUGGUGGUACAGUGGAUAUUCAGAGCUUUGAGGAGCUGGAAGGGCUUGCUGAGUCCCAGGAGUGGGAUGGACAGGAUAUAGUGAGGAUUACAGCUAGCCACAAGAAUGGUGACAUUCCCAGCUAUGUCUCCUGGUUUGUCUCUUACGUGAGGUACCUAGGCUCACUGAAAGAGGAGUUUGAUACCAAAGUUGUAUUUCCUUUGUGCAAGAAUCUAUACGUUAAUGACGACCCAAUUGGUGCAUUGCCACUUGGACGCAGGCAAGAACAUAGCUCUAGUGUGACAACAUCUGUGGCACAUACUGCUAAGCACCUGUUUUCUCUCAGGAGGAAAUGGGCCUUGCUUCUGAAAGGGGGCACGAUUGAUGAGCAGUUCUUCAGCCCCCAAAGCAGGCUUGAUCUGCAGGGCUUUGCUAACAUCCAUGCCUUUAUAAAAGUACUGAGGCUGGUCCCAGACCUCUUUCACAAAAGCUUGGCUGCUGCAUUGCUUGCCAGGCAGUGGGUGGAACUCCAUGCAAGCACACACAGCCCUCACCCGGCGCACUUGGAUCCAGCUGCAACCAGGAGGUGCAAUGGGGCAGGACUGGUGAUAGGUACCAUGGAACAACGCUGGUAUAAUGGGCCCCUUUCCCAGCCCAGACUGCCUCAAAACAAACCUGACCAGAGGGGAGUUUUGUCUCAGUCUGAACCCAGCAGCAGCAGCAGCAGCAGCAAUAAUGCAGACACCUGUGUGAGAACUACCAGCCAGGAAAGGAACAGGCUAUAUGAGAUCCAUGGAGAGCUCAUGUCCCUACUGUGGAGGGAGAAACGUUCUUGGGCAUUGGAAGCAGAAAUCAAGGAAGCAAACCAGAGAAUUUCUAACCUGCAGCUUCAGUGGGAGGAUAAGGAAAGGGAGCUGGAAGUGCUUGGACAACAAGUGGAGAAAGACAGUUGGAAGGUGUCGGACAUGCAGUGUUGGACAGCCCUUCCUGAGCUGGAUGCCUUCAAGAGGCAGCUCAGACUGGAGGAAUACCACAGGAGCAUCCUGUGGGGUGACUGGUUGCUUGAGUUGGAGGUCAGGCCAGCCCUUCUGCGUCCAAUAAAUACAUUGCAGGAAUGCUACCAGGAGCUUGCAGGGUUAUUGCAAGGUACGGAAGAGAUUUCCUGUGAUCUUCCCCAGUCAGCCAGCAGAACAGACUUUCACUCCUCUCCUCAAACAUUUCUGGGUGUCUGAACAGACUGUGUUCUGGCCCUGGAGACUGAAGGGAGUGUCGGACUGCAAUAGUUAUUGCUGAGACAGAUUAUCUUGGCGAGGGGGAGUUCUACUGUCUGGCUGCCCCCUUCUUCAUGAAGGCAAACUUGCUUCUGACCGCAUCACAUUUUGUACCACCCUAAUCUUAGCUUCAUUAACUAGACUACUGUAAUGUGGGGCUGCCAUUGAGGCCUGGAUACCAGAACUGGUGCAGAACAGAAUUAUCCCUCUCUUUUCACCUAGAGCAGGCAUCCCCAAACUGCAGCCCUCCAGA